AUGGAGCGGGAGCCCGGCGCGACGGCGGCGCUGUGGGGGCACGCGCACCUCCCACUGCUGGCGUGCGCGGGGUCCAAGGAGUCGGUCGAGUACAUCCUUCAGGCGCUCUGGCGCACGCGCCGCACGGGCCUCGACGCCGCCGACCGCACCGUCGCCCGCGACGCCCUCCAGCUCGCCUCCGACGCCGAGCUCGACCCCCUGCUGGUGUGCCUGAGGAUACUGAUCAGGCGGUGCGUCAACGAGAACGUCGCCAAGGACGACAUCCCCAAGCUCUUCCCCGAGGAGGUGCCCCCCGAGCUGCAGAAGCUGCUCACCUUGCUGCUGCAGAAGUUCCAGCCGGAGUGA